AUGGAUGGAUGGAGUGAAGUAUUAAGAAUACCGUCAAAUGUAUUUGCCACUGACAAUUUCAAUAACCCCACGACUAUUGCCAAUAUAACAUCACUACAAUUUGAUUCUGUACAAAAUUUCAUUUGGUGUGGUGAUUCAAAAGGUUAUACUAGAUCAUUUACAGGAUCAUUUGCAACAAAUUCUUUAUAUGGAAAUUUACAACUUUAUCCUUACACGAAAUUUCAUACUAGUGAUGUGAAUAGUAAUAAUCCUAUAAAACAAAUACUAUCCCAUCGAGAAGGAAUAUUAUCAUUACUGGGAAAUGCAAUUAGUUUUAAUAGUAGAAGAGGAUUAACCAAAGUGCAAGUCACAUCCAAAACAUUUGAUAAUAAUGCAGAUAAGUUUGACAAUCUACAGGCAAUGACAUUCAAUUGUAAUUCAUUUAAUGAUGUUGUUGUUGGAACAGAUACAUCAAUGAUGAAAUUCGAUUUGAAUAAACCUAAUGUUUUAUCAUCAUUUGAUCAUCAACAGGGGAUUUCUUUAUUAAAUAAUUCGGGAAAAUUUUUAACUAUAGCGAAUAGUAAUGGGUCAUUAGAUAUAUUUGACCCUAUAUCUAAUACCACUGUGAAAACAUUUAGUGCUCAUAAUGGAUUUAUUUCCAAUUUAGACGUUAGAGGUAAUUAUAUUGCUACUUGUGGUUAUUCAAUCAAACCUAAACGAUAUCAUCAUCAUCAACCUGCAGAAUAUAUGGUGGAUCCAUUGGUGAAUAUAUAUGAUACAAGAAUAAUGAGAGCUAUAGCACCAGUACCAUUUCCUGCUGGUGCUUCAUCAGUAAGAUUUCAUCCUAAAUUACCAAAUAUUAUAAUUAUUGCAUCACCAACGGGACAAAUGCAAUUUGUGGAUAUUUUUGAUCAAACGAAUGUUUAUUUAUAUCAAGCAGAUUUAUCAAUACCUACAAACACCACAACCAAUACCAAUACCAAGCCCAAAAUGUCUAAUCUUGAAAUAAGUGAAAAUGGUGAUUUCUUAGUGUUUAAUGAUAGUUGUGAUAAUAUGCAUUUAUGGUCAAUUAGUCCAUCAAGUAAAGAUUUUGUUAAUUUCCCCCAGUCAAUAGAACAACCAGAUAUUAUUGACUCCAAUAUUGAAAUUAUUGAUAUUGAUGCUAAUGUGCCAUUAUCUAUUGUUGGAAUGCCAUAUUAUAAAGAAUUAUUAUUAUCAAAUUAUCCUAAUGAUUUGAGAUUUGUUAAAGAAACAGCAAAAUUACCUGAACCUAUAGAUAUAGAAUUAAUUUUAGAAAAUGAAACUCAAAAUGGUCGGAAACGGUUUUUCCCCUAUGAUAAAUUAAAGUAUGGUCCAGGAAACAUUUAUAAACCUUAUCAAUCAUUAAAAGAAAAUGAACAAAAUAAUGAAAUACUGAUACCGAAAUUUAUUAGUGAAAGAACAACCACCACCACCACCACUAGCGAAGUUGAUCAUGAUAAAUAUAUUGAUGAUAGUAUUUUCCAAUAUAAAUCUCUGGGGAAAUCAAAUAAAGUACCAAAUUGUUAUUCAAGAUUACAAAUUCAAUAUUCGAAAUUUGGAAUUAAAGAUUUUGAUUUCAGUUAUUAUAAUAAAACUAAAGAAUGUUGUGGAUUAGAGAAUCAUACUGAUAAUUCAUAUAUUAAUUCUCUUUUACAAUUGUAUCGAUUUCAAUCGAGUAUAUAUAAUCGAGUUGUUGGAUCAUUAUCACAAGAAUGGUUACCUAAUGAUGUCACUACAAUUGCCACUAAUCCUGAAGGUUCUUCAAUAUUAAAUGAAUUAGGAUAUUUAUUUGAUAUGAUGUUUAAAGCUCAAUCAAAUAAUGUUAAAAUUUAUAAUUUAAGUCAAGUUUUAAAUCAUCAUCCCAAUGCGGAAAAACUACUUAAUAAUAAUGAAUUAUUAAAUUUAAAUUCUCAACAAGUUCGAGAUUUAGUAAUUGAAUUUAAUAAUUUUUUAUUAACUAAUUUACAUGAAGAUUUCCAACGACAAUUUGAUGAAAAUUUCAAUUUAACCGAAUUAAAAUAUGAAAUUGAAAUUAAGGGGAAUGGUACUUCAUGUCCAAUGUAUGAUAAACAUCAAGGAUCAAUGUUUUCCUUAGAAUUGAUUACUCCACCCAGUAAUAUGUUGAAUAAAAUGAGUAUUUUAAUUAAUAAUCCUCCUCAUUAUCAAUCAAACAACAAUAAUAGCGAUAACAAUAGUCUUGGUAAUAUUAGAAGAAAUUUAAAUAUUUUAACUUAUUUGGAAUAUUCUAUGAAUCAAUUUAAAACAAUUCCAUGUCAACAACAUAAUCAUUCAUAUCCUCAUAAUUUAGAAAUUCGUACCAGUAUUGUUCAUUUACCAUCAGUAUUAACCAUCAAUGUUAAUUUAUCAAAUCCAGAAUUUAAAAUUAUAAAUACUUUUACUCAAUGGUUAGUACCGGAAUUUUAUGCUAUGAAAUCAAAAUCUGGUAAUGGAUAUUCAUUUAAAGAAAUUGAUUCUAUCCCAUCUCCAUCUUUGAUGACACAAGAAUCAGGGAAAUAUAAAUAUGAACUUUUAGGGUAUGUUUGUGAAAUAAAUCAUCAAGCUGAUAUUGUUAAUGGAGGUCAUAAUUUAGUAGCAUUUGUUAAAGUUAAUAAUGAUAGUUGGUAUUUAUUUAAUGAUUUUUUGGUUAUGCCUAUACCUGAAGAAGAAGUAUUUGAUUUACAACCUUCAUGGAAGAAACCAAUUGUUAUAAUGUAUCAAAGACAAACUGAUCAACCACAGUUUAAUUAUUUAACCACUCCUUCUGUUUUUGGUAAUAAUUAUGAUGAUCUGAUAUUAUAUAGAGAUCAUUUUGCUGAAGGGAUUCGGAAAGGUCAUCAAUUGGAAUAUAAAUUAUUAACUCAACAAGAAUCACCAAUUCCUGGUUCAUUAGUUGCUAUUGAUGCUGAAUUUGUCAUGUUAAAACCUGAAGAAUUAGAAAUCCAUUAUGAUGGAUAUAAAAAAUUGAUUAAACCAAAACAAUUAUCAUUAGCUAGAAUAUCAGUAUUAAGAGAAAAUGGAAUCCCAUUUAUUGAUGAUUAUAUUGUUCAUACUUCCAAAAUUUAUGAUUAUUUAACAAAUUUUAGUGGUAUUGAACAAGAUGAUUUAAAUUUAACUUUAAGUAAACGAGAAAAUCUUGUUACUUUACAAACGGCCUAUAGGAAAUUAUGGUUAUUAUUAAAUUUAGGAGUAAUAUUUGUUGGUCAUGGAUUAUAUAAUGAUUUCCGAACUAUUAAUUUACAAGUUCCAGAAAAACAAAUUCGAGAUACAGCGGUGAUUUAUUAUAAAUCUGAUUUUAAAAGACAAUUAAGUUUGAAAUUUUUAGCUUAUGUGAUGUUAAAAGAAAAAGUUCAAAAAGGGAAUCAUGAUUCAAUUGAAGAUGCUAAUACAGCAUUAUUGUUAUAUAAAAAAUAUCAAAAUUUAUAUAAUAAAGAAGAUUUUGAACUGAUAUUGAAUUAUAUAUAUUCUGAAGGUCAACAAUUGAGAUUUAAAGUUCCAGAAUAA